AUGGCAAAGCCUAUGGAAGCAGACGACGCUGUCGGCAAGACCGGCGACAAGGACAUGAUCACCGUGGUGUUCGAGGCGGGGCAGCUAUUCCACAACGAUGGCGGGCAGCGUGAGUUCGCGCCGGGCUCGGCGGCCAGGUCCAUGCCGGGACUGCGCGAUCAGAGGAAGAACCGCCAAUUCUGCGACGUCGUGUUCCGCGCGGCCGACGGCGUGGAGGUCUGGGCCCAUCGGUUCGUAAUGUCUGCCAAGUACUCCGGCUGCUACGCACUCUUCACUCUCGCCAAAGAUGGCAUGAGUCCCGAACAGAAGCAAAACAACGAGUGGAUCCCGCCCAUCCGGGUGGUGGUGGCAGACCUGGACAGCGAAAUGAUCGAACUGCUCAUCGACUUCGCCUACUACACCCCAUUGCACGAGCGCAUCGGCCUACACAACGUCGUCAAGGUGCUCGAGCUCGCCGAGAAGCUAAAGAUAUCCCAGAUACAAGAACAUUGCCUGAGAACCCUGAAGAAGAACCUCGAACCGGGUAGCUGCAUCGACACUUACCGCUUGGCCUGCAGCCGGGGAUACGAGUAUCUCGCUGGAGAAGCCUUUCGCUACAUCGUGCGGAACUUCGACGAGGUGUGGAAAAGCAGCAACCAGUUCCAGGCUUUGACGCCAGAGGAGAUGCGUACUGUCCUGGAAGACGACUGCCUGUACGCCCCCAGCGAGGUGGAGGACACGUUCUACGCCAUCCUCAAGUGGAUCUCCGCGGACGUUGACGGGAGGAAGGCCUACCUCGCCAAGUUCCUGCCGCUCGUUCGCUUCGCAUGCUGCCCCGUCAUCGACUUCGAGAGAGUUGUCAUCCACCCACAAGUCCAGGGUGACGGAGACAGCCUGAAGGUGAUAAACGUGAUCCACAAGACACUCACCCAGCAUUCUAUGCCGGUUGGCGUAGUGGCCGGCAUUGACCUGUCCCCGAAGUUAUGGCUCACGCCUCGCGUCCCCAGGGACAUCCUGUUCCUUUUCGGUGGCUGGACAUCGGGUGCUACCAACAACAUGCUCACGUACAACUGCCGCGCCUCCAAAUGGCGCGCACUGGGCCACCAGUACACCACGCCCAGGGCGUACCAUGGCGCGGCGGUGAUCAACUCGUGCAUUUACUUCGUGGGCGGUUUCAACGGCCACGAUUGCUACCACUCGGUCGUGUGCCUCGACGUGCCUCUGGCCCGCUGGAGUGGCAAGGCGAACAUGGCGUUCGCGCGCUGUUACGUCAGCGUCGCCGUCCUCCAGGGCCAGAUCUACGCCAUGGGAGGUUUCGACGGGCGCUUGCGCACAAACACGGUCGAGCGCUACGACGUCAAGACAAACCAGUGGUCCAGGGUGGCCAACAUGAAUGACGUCCGCAGUGACGCAAGUGCCGCAGUAGCUGCAGGCCGCAUCUACAUGUGA